UCCUAAUUCUUGUUGAAAUGUUUUUGUCAUAAAAGACAUUUCAAUUGUUAAAGGAUUUGUGAUGGAAGAGAAUGAUGAUGAUCAACCACCACCCCACCCAAUCACUCAUCCUUCAACUCCAAGAAAACAUUUUAUUCACCUAAAAACAUUAUACCAAUUAUUCAUUUUCCCAUAGUCCAAAUUUCCUCUGUUUUGAACUUUUAAUAUUCUAGUAAAAUAUGGCUAUGAUUUCAAGAUUAUUGAUGUUGUCAUUGUUUAUCAUGUUAAUCUCUUUGGCGCGGCGUAAAGGGAUGGUUAAGGGCGUUGACGAAGAUGCAAAAGCGCUUUGUAGUGUAAAUCUUGCUCAAUUUCUUCCUCCUCCUUAUGGUGGUCUCGAAAAUAUGAUCUGCCAACCUGUUUGGAAUUCUUACCUCCUACGCUACUCACAGACGAAAGACAAUGUUGUAACGAUUGUGUUAUCAACUGUAUACACAACUGGAUGGGUAGGUAUGGGAUUCUCGCGAGAUGGAAAGAUGAUUAAUUCGAGUUGUAUGGUUGGUUGGGUGAAUCCUGAAGGACAGGGGAAAAUCAGGCAAUAUUAUGUUGAGGGCUUAACACCCUCGAAAAUUAAACCUGAGAAAGGCGAGUUGCCACUGACAAGCGUUCCACCUCUCGUCUAUCUACAAGGUGCUACAAUAUACUUAGCCUUCCAGCUGAAGUAUCCGAAUCGUCUCAAAAACCAACCAAUCUUGCUAGCAUUUGCUACUAAAUAUCCUCAUCACCACCACCUUACUGUACAUGAUGAUAAAACAACUAUACUCUUCGACUUCUCUUCAGGUAAUUCAUUUGAUGUUUCAGCUGGAUCUAAUGAUUAUACUAGCUCAAGGAAGACUCAUGGGGUAUUGGGAAUACUGGGAUGGGGACUGUUCUGCCCCUUUGGAGCGAUUUUCGCGAGAUAUUUAAAGAACCAAAAAUCAUGGUAUUACUUCCACGUGUCCGCUCAAUUCAUAGGAUUCAUAUUAGGAUUCGCGGGAGUGGUUCUUGGACUUCAACUUCACAACAAGCUGCAGGUUCAUAUUCCAGCACAUGAAGGCAUUGGGAUUCUUGUUCUUGUGCUUAGCAUUCUUCAGGUGUUAGCAUUCUUUCUACGACCAGAUAGAGACAGCAAAUACCGCAAGUGUUGGAAUUUGUAUCAUGGUUGGGUGGGGAGGAUUGCCCUCUUCUUUGCAGCUAUAAACAUAGUACUGGGAAUGCAUUAUGCAGGCGCGGGGGAAGGCUGGAAAAUAGGUUAUGGAUUUCUUCUUGGUACGAUAAUGCUGGUGUGUAUCGUUCUUGAGACGUUGUUGAGGCUGAAGAAGCUGGAUGACCCAACUCAUCUUCCAACCUAUCCCAUGAAUUCAAUUUAGCUAUAAAUGGUAAUAAUCGUAGCAUACUAUUCUCCUCGAUCUUCUGUUUAAUAGCACACAUUAUGUCUACAAUUGCUAGUGAAUAUACAAUCAAGUCUUUCUAUAACAACGUCGUUUGUCUUGAUAUUUUUUUGGUCACUAUAGCAGAAUACUGUUAUAGAGAACAGAAGACAUGUUUGAUGCUAGAUUUUGCCUGUCAAGUCAUUUUUGGAUCAAGUUUCUUCCACAACUAGAGUACUCUUUGCCAAAAUUGUAUUUGAAUACGCCUCCGUAAUCAAUUUAGGUUCGAGAUGUUCUUCCGAGGGGAUUUUUCCAUGUUGUGUUCAAGGAUCAAACAAAUUCUCUAUCAGGACUACUGAACAAGAAAGAAUUUUAACUUUCCAUUUUGUAUUUUACAUUCUUUAGUACCCUCAAAAUGGUUUAAAUGUAUUGACAAUUUUGUUUAAGAGUGAAGAUUGAUUGUUUGUGGAGAUUAAAGGCAAAUUUGUAUGAAAUGAUCAGUGUGUAA